CUGCAAGUUUAUGUGUGAUUGUCCUCCUGAGAGAUGUAACGAAAAAUACGGAUGUCUGCAGGAAAGUGCCGUGGAAGACAAGAAAAACACCAGUGUGUGGGUUAACGUGACGUAUGCUCUGAUUGGAUCUGUGACCACAAUGAGUCUGAUUGGUGUGAUGGUUUACCUUAAAUCCUGGUUUUCAAAAACAAAUACAUCAUUCACAGUUACAAAUCAACUCUAUUCAGAUCAGACAGAAAAUCAGGAAGAAAAUAGGUAUGAGAGUCGUAGAAACUCGUCGUCCAAUGAGACUGAAAAUGUUUUACAAAAUCACCCAGACCUAAACGAUUAUACCGAUUUGAGAUUAUCCCGGAUGCAGCCUCAAUAUGACGACUCAAAAGACAGCGAAGGUGCCUCAGAACCUGCAACACCGUCUGUUCAUUCUCUUCUAUCUUCAAGAACUAAAAAUGAUCACAAUAAAGAAGUGAUCGACAAAUCUAAUGGCGGAGAUCUCGAUGAGGCAUACGAACGGUAUUUUGAACACGAAGGAUACAACGUUUUGUCUCUACGUAAACCAUCUAUUCAGAAAUCAAUGACACUGAGAUCUUUUGACUCUGCAUUCAAACUCGGGGACAAUGCAGAAGGUAUGCAUGAUGAAUACGACUCGAUAGAAAUGAAGGACAAACAGAAAGUAGAGUGCGCGUCUGAAUUAGGGAUAAAGAAAAUUAAAUUCCCCGAAAAAGUACUUUGUCAAAAAAGUUCUAUAGAUGAAACAAUAAAACAUUAUAUAGAAAGUGCUCAACUAAAUCGAAAACUUGGCCUGAAAGAAGGCAAUGAGACAAGCGCUUUAAAUUCGAUAUCAAAAAGUAAAAGUUUUACCGUGCGAGAGUCUGAUCGGCCCAAGCGUUUUUCUUCACGUCCUUAUAGUUCGGCAAAUAGUAGUUGGCGUAAACGACACGCAGCUGGAUUGUCGAAACUGAGCAGAAUAUCAGAUUACGAAGAAGUGUUUUCAUUAGAAGAAGACGAAGAAUGUGAUGGAGAUAAAUGCUCAGAUAGUAAUAUUCAAAGUAACAAUGAGAGUUUUGAUGACCAAUCGAUUGCGACUGUAUCUAUAGUAAAUGAAAAUAAAAAACCGCCAAUUUCUUCUGAAGGCAAAGAAAAUGAGUUUGCUAAGCCAUAUGAAGAAAUCGAUUUAUUGGAAAAUGAGUCUCAUACUAAUACAAACAUUUUGAACCAGAUUCAUCAAAUGAAUACAGUCAGGUUCAGAAACGACCACAGCUUCAAUUUAAUGACUCUAGCACGCUGUCUGUAGAGCUGCUGAACGAGGAAGGAAAACUAAGCGCUAAGAUGUAGCAAAAGGUCAAUUCAAAGAUGUCUAUAUUCUUAAAAUAACAUACUUUGUAAAAGAGUAAAAUAUUAAGA